AUGGAGUCUCGGCCUAUUACAGAAGAAGAAAUGGAGGAGCUGAGAGACGCAUUCAGCAAAGUUGAUACUGAUGGAAAUGGAUUCAUAAGUCCAAAUGAGUUAAAUGACCUGUUCAAAAGCUGCUAGUUUGCCUGUACCUGGAUAUAAAGUGCGAGAAAUCACCCAAAGUCUCAUGGAGACAGGAGAUCAGAACAGAGAUGGAAAGAUCAGCUUUGAUGAGUUUAUUUCAGUUUUUCAUAACCUUAAAAGCUCAGAAGUUGCCAAAACAUUCAGAAAAGCCAUUAAUAAGAAGGAAGGCAUUUGUGCAAUUGGCGGCACCUCUGAACAGUCCAGUGCAGGCACCCAGCAUUCUUAUUCAGAGGAAGAGAAGUAUGCCUUUGUAAACUGGAUUAAUAAGGCUUUGGAAAAGGACCCAGACUGCAAACAUGUCAUUCCCAUGAACCCAGACACUGACGAUCUGUUCAAAGCUGUUGGUGAUGGAAUUGUCCUUUGUAAAAUGAUCAAUCUCUCUGUGCCGGAUACCAUUGAUGAAAGAGCAAUCAACAAGAAGAAGUUAACUCCUUUCACUAUCCAGGAAAAUUUAAAUCUAGCGCUCAAUUCAGCCUCCGCUAUUGGGUGUCAUGUAGUAAACAUCGGUGCUGAAGACUUAAAGGAAGGGAAACCAUACUUGGUGCUGGGACUUCUGUGGCAGGUUAUCAAAAUUGGACUGUUUGCUGACAUUGAGCUGAGCAAGAAUGAAGCUUUGAUUGCCCUGUUACGAGAAGGAGAAAGCCUGGAGGAUCUCCUGAAACUUUCUCCAGAAGAAUUACUCUUGAGAUGGACUAACUACCACCUGGAAAAUGCUGGAUGUAACAAAAUUAAUAACUUCAGCUCAGACAUUAAGGACUCCAAAGCUUAUUACAGCCUGAUUAGUCAGAUUGCUCCAAAAGGAAAUGAAGAGGGCAUUCCUGCAAUUGACAUUGAUAUGACCGGACUUAGGAAAAAAGAAGACCUGAAGAGAGCGGAAUGCAUGCUGGUACAAGCAGAUCGGCUGGGCUGUCGCCAGUUUGUCACAGCAACAGAUGUUGUACGUGGAAACCCAAAGCUUAACUUGGCUUUCAUUGCCAACUUGUUUAACAAAUACCCAGCCUUACAAAAGCCAGAAAACCAAGAUAUUGACUGGAGCUCAAUUGAAGGUGAGACAAGAGAAGAAAGGACAUUCAGGAAUUGGAUGAAUUCACUUGGUGUGAACCCCCGUGUAAAUCAUCUGUACAGCGAUCUUGAUGAUGGAUUGGUCAUAUUCCAGCUUUAUGAGAAAAUCAAAGUUCCUGUGGACUGGUCCAGAGUAAACAAGCCCCCAUAUCCUAAACUCGGAGAAAAAAUGAAGAAGCUUGAAAAUUGUAACUAUGCUGUGGACCUGGGAAAGAACAAGGCAAAAUUUUCUCUGGUUGGUAUUGCUGGUCAGGAUCUGCAUGAAGGCAACAGGACACUCACACUUGCAUUGCUAUGGCAGUUGAUGAGAAGGUAUACACUGAAUAUUCUAGAGGACAUAGGAGGUGGACAGAAGGUUAAUGAUGACACAAUUAUCAACUGGGUAAAUGAAACUCUUAGAGAAGCUGGAAAGUCAUCAUCCAUCUCUGGUUUCAAGGACCCUAAGAUCAGCACAAGUUUGCCUGUACUGGACUUAAUUGAUGCAAUUCAACCUGGCUCAAUUAACUAUGACAUUCUGAAGACAGAAGACCUAAAUGAUGAUGAGAAACUGAACAACGCCAAAUACACUGUUUCGAUGGCAAGAAAGAUUGGAGCAAGGGUCUACGCUUUGCCAGAAGAUCUCGUGGAGGUGAAACCAAAGAUGGUCAUGACAGUCUUUGCCUGCUUGAUGGGAAGAGGACUGAGAGUUUAG